UUGGUCGAAUAACUAGACGCAUCAUCUCACGCUCCGGGAAUGGGAUCUUUACUUGGUUCAAAGAAAAACUUCCAAUUUUUUCGAGUUUACGCUUUGCAGAGGCUACUUUUCAAGCUGCAGGGAUAGUUGUUACUGCAGGUGCAGGGUGACAGCAACAGAAGGUCACUGUCCAAUGACUUCCAAGACGUAUCAGAAGUUGUUAGGGAGGUUCAGUCGCUAGAAAUUAGUUUAACAUCGUAAAGUGGGCUUAUAUGAGUUAAACGCCGAAAAUAAUUUCUUAUUUUCAGACCACGAUUACUUAAACUGAGCCGUGCGUAAAAUAUUUGUGCGUAAAGUUGGUGCUGUUGCGCACGGUUGAAAUUUAAAAUAGCGGAGUCCUCGAAGGGCAGCUAAUACAAGAGCGUGUAAAAUACAUCAGAUUCGUUAAGUUUUAAAUCUGUGAGAAGUGUUGAUACUUUGACAAUCAUGGCAAAGUGGUUCAAAGAUUUCCCCAUCAACCUGAAGAACGGGAAUGAACGGGUACGCUCGGCCUCCGAAUCUGGUCCCCAAACACGUUCCAAACCUUCAUUUUCUCGAGACAGUCUGAAGGGAAAUCAGCGUAAGGAUGGCGGAAUGGGGGGUCUACUGGCAGGGAGAAAUAGGAAAAAUUCGGCUACAGAGUUGGGUCGUAACAACACAGGAUCUGGUGGGACAGUCUGGGAUACUCUCACAACUGGAAAAGGUCGCAAGAACUCCAAGGUCGAAACAUCUGAUGAGAACCGUCCGGUCAGGACCUCUAGUCUGGCACAAGCGUACAUCAGCAGGAUGAUCAAAGUGGACAAGCAAGACAAGACCCCAAAACUCAACGGGAUAAGUGAACAGAAGAUGCCCGAGAGCGAAAAGGGAAAGUCUGACAUUAAAACAACGCUGAUUAUCCUGGAGGACUAUGCAGAUCCUUUUGAUGCAGAGAAAACCAAGGAGCAGAGAGAGGCUGAGAGAGCAGGAAUGAAUGAUGGUUACAUGGAGCCCUAUGAUGCCCAGGUCAUCAUCACAGAGGUUCGCAGACGGGGCUCCAAGGACCUCCUGAAAGUGUGUGUUCUCCUGGACCAAGGCCAGAGAAAGGGGAAAGGAGAGGAGGGCAAGCCCAUGCCCCCAAAUAUCUAUGACACACCAUAUGAAGGUGGACAGGAGGGCGACAGUGAGGGGGUGUGGAUCCCUGUCACACGGCCAGAGUCUGACAUCCGUCCUGCUGGAGAGUACGAACUGCCCUGGGAGUGGAGAAAGGAGGACAUUGUUAGAGCACUGUCAGCUCAGUUUGAGGCAGUGGAUUGUUCUCCCAAUAAAGAGAAUGGUUCAACCACUGGCCGCCAGCAGCAGCAGCAACAGCAGCAGCAGCAACAACAGCAGCAGUCACAGCAGCAGCAGCAGCAGCAACAACAGCAGCAGCAGCAGCAGCAGCAGCAACACACUCUGAGACAGAAGAGCUGGAACCACAAAACACUUGUCUCCUCUUCUUCAUCCUCCUCUUCUUCUCCCUCCUUUCCCUCCUCUCCUAUUCUCAAACUCUCCCCUCUCACACCCCCUUCUCCUUCCUUCCCCACCCUCAAACUCUCACCCUCCUCCAGCCCCAACAAACUUUCACCUCCCUCACCUACCUCCCCUGGAGCCCCACUGGAUGGGGAGGCAGCCAAAGUGGAGCCCAACUUGCCGCUGGACAAGCAAAGCUGGUACCAUGGCAGUGUGAGUCGGCAGCAGGCUGAGGCUCAGCUGCAGCGCUGCAGGGAAGCCAGCUUCCUGGUGAGAGACAGCGAAUCAGGAACCAGCAAGUACUCCAUCGCUCUGAAGACCAGCCAGAAUUGUGUGCACAUCAUUGUGGCCCAGACUAAGAGCAGUAAGGGCUUGGGCUACACACUGGAUCAGAGUAGCUGUGUCUUCUCCAGUAUCCCCGAGCUGGUCCACCACUACCACACGCACAGACUGCCUUUCACUGGAGCGGAGCACAUGACCCUGCAGCAUCCUGUGCUCAGGUCACACUGACCAUGCACAGACGACAAAUAAACACAUUGGGACACAAAUGCACACGAGAUGCGUAUGACACAUAUAUGCACAAACGUGCACAGAUGCACACACAUAAACUUGCUAAUACAUGUGCAUACACACAUACUCACAAGACAUGCUGCUUGGGAUUCUCGUGUGUACUACUUAAAUAAAUCUAUAUUAUUAACUUUGGGCAUGUUUGCGAUGUCUACAUGCACCACCUAGUGGACAAAUCAGAUACUACAAUAACCAGAAUUUCAUAUUAUUGCAGUGCUGCCAGUUUGCAGUCUAAAAUCAACAAAACACACAACAGCAGGCACACACAGGCUAUACUGAAUUUACUUACAGAUACAGGAAAACCACCCCUUCUUCCAUUGCUGAGUGUAUUUGCCCAUUGACGGACUCCGCAGAAUGUUAAUACCAUGCAAACCAAAUUGAUUUCUGCAAUACCUAAAACAAUGCACUGCAUUUAAUGUAAUCAAUUUAAAAUUUCAAAGAAAGUGCAGAGGCUUAUAAUAAAAACAGAGGUUCUGAUAUAAUCGAUUAGCACCAUGCCUGUCAGUUUGGCUUUGGUCUAUAAGAUCAAUACACCUGACUGGAGUGUAUUUAUUCAUCCAUAUGACAUGUCAAUCACCCUAUCGAUCCAUGGUGAAAAUAAGGCUCAUUUGCCAACCACUCUGUCUGUCAAAAGAAAGAGCUGUAUUGAUUAGAUGAUUAGAAUUAGUGUAGUGGGAGGGGUCUUAUAACAUUACUGUACCCAAUAAGCAAAAAUGUUUAAGUGCACAAAUAAAUAUGUGAAUAUCA